AGAAAAUAUAUAGUAAAAAUGAAUGGUUUGUAUCCUUUAUUUAAAGAUCAUUUUGCUGAUGUAAUUGAUAUAGUAUAAAAAGAUGUUAAAGAUUGGAAAUCUCUAUUAAAUAUUUUGAAUUAACGCAUUUCAAAUUAGGAUUUUAACUUUUAAAUAUAUGAAAACAACUCAAAAUUUUAAGAUAUACUUACACACAUUUUAAAGGUGUUUUUUUGUUUAAUGAAUGAUACAAAUUUUAUGAAAUCAAAUUAAUAUAACUAAGAAAUUUUAUUGUGGACUGCAUUUUUUCAUGAUUGCGCCAAAUUAGCUCCGCCCUUAACUGUAUCGCCUGAUGGGAGAGAUCCAGCUCAUCCAUUUAGAUCUUGCCAUAAAACUUUAAUAUACCUGAAUCAUUUAUAAUUGUUAAAAUUUUCGAAAUCAUAACUAAAUUAAUGGAAUUAUCUAUUUGAGUAAGCUUAUAAUAUAGUAACCAUUGAAGAAAAACUUGUUUAAACUCAUAAUAUGAAUAUUUUACCAAAAUUAAUAUUAUUUAUAGAGAAAGAAGUCUAAUCUCCAUUUUUUUAAACUGUUUUAAAACUUAUAUGCUUGCACUAAUGUAUUCCUUGUUGUAAAUAUCCUCCAGUUUCACCAAUAGAUUUAAGAGAAACUUCUUUGUAUUUUAACAAGUAAGAAUUAAAAUUAUUGUAAGUAUUUUGGUAAAAUGAUUCUUAUAGUUAUUGCUAUGAUAGUAAUGAAAUCUUUGAAUUUGGAAAAGAAAUAGAAUAAAAAAUAAACGAUGCAAUAAUGCAUCUCCACACUUAAUGA